GUAACUACACAUGGUAGAAGAUGGCAGGGAUUCUCUUUGAAGACAUUUUCGAUGUUAAAGACAUUGAUCCUGAUGGAAAGAAAUUUGAAAGAGUGUCUCGCCUGUUUUGUGAGAGCGAGAGUUUCAAAAUGGAUCUAAUACUUGACGUAAAUACUCAGCUCUACCCUGUAAGUCUUGGAGACAAGUUCAGGCUUUUACUGACUACAACGCUCAGAGAAGACGGACUACCAGAUGAUGGAGACUUCCUUACUACAGACGGUGCCCCCUCACUAGCAGAUGCAUUUGAGUAUGUUAUGUAUGGGAAGAUAUACAGGAUAGAGGGGAAUGAAGGAGCUGGUGAUUCCGGAAGAUUAUCAGCUUAUGUGUCAUAUGGCGGCUUGCUAAUGAGAUUACAAGGAGAUGCUAAUAAUUUACAAGGUUUUAUGAUGGACACUAAUGUUUACUUGUUGAUAAAGAAGAUUGCUUUUUGAAAGAACGAUUAAAUCUCUUUUUUAUUUAUUUGUGUGUACAUGUACAUGUAUUUAUGUGUUUCUUUGCCUUAUAAAAAAGUCCCCAUUGUUUUUGAAAGGA